AUGCGCGCUAUUCAGCGGGAUGCUGUGCCCGCUGAGCUGCUCAGCAAGUUCGGCGAGGAAUUUACUAGCAGUCACGGUUUCCGUGCCGUAAUCGUCAUCGACGUCCAUCGUGUUCAGUCCUCGUGCGGCUUCUCCAUCCCUUUCUACGACUACGUCGGGGAGAGACCGGUGUUGAUGGACCACUGGGCGAAGAAGACAUGGGAGGAGGUUGAAGACUACCGGGUGCUGAAGAACAGCUUCUCCAUCGACCUUCUCCCGUCCAUUGGCCACCGCAUCUGGAACCCAAAGGCUCCCGAAGUGGCUCCGCGCUUCCGAGCCGGCUUCUGGUAUGGCUUCAAGGAUGUGACCAUGAAGGAGCGACUGGGCUCCUGGCUCGAGAGAGCUCUCGGACCUUUGAGCCUUCUCACGACCCGUGACGUCGGCAUGCUUGGUGCCGGUGCACUUAGUGCGGUGGCUGUGGUCAAGUACUGCGAAGCCUGCCGGAAGGUUUAG